GUGUGUGUGUGUGUGUGUGUGUGGCGUGGACACGCACAGACAGUACACAGCACGACGCCUCCCCGGUUCAAAUCCACUCAGUAGCGUUUAUGUGAAAUCAUUUCGAUACAUUUGGCUUCGCGUCUCGCUGGUCGGCUGAUAAUUAGCCGGAGCCUCAUUCGUCAGGUGAAGAUUUAGGGAAAGCUGCCUUUUUGGACACACGUGGAAUAACUAAAUAACAAUAAUUCGGCGGCGAUGCGCAGGUAUCAUAUAACCUGUUCCAAUUUGGCGCAGCUGGACAAAGGUCCAUUGAUUUAUUGGCUUUUUCUACAAAUUGCCUCAAUUCAUGUGCAGAACCGCCAUAGAUAGAAUAGCACGAUUGGUGGUUUUGAAUAAUGAGCACAACAGUCAUUAAUAGGCAGGUUUGCUCGGAAAAAUAGUCAUUUUAGUUGUAGGUGUUGACUUGAAAUACAAGAAGUAACCUUUACUGGGCUGAUUUAUAAACGUAGACAUUCUCUUCAUUAAUCUCUUGCUGGCGAGAGGGGCCCCAUUGUCUACCAAAUCUAUAGCAUCAAAUAAGAAAACGUCUCUACACACAGUAGACUCUGGACAAGAUUAUCCCCAUAAACCCCCUCUUGAAGGGGCCAGUCUUUAGAGAUUAACACACCAGCAAAGUAAUACUAUUUACAAUACAAUCAUAACCAAUACUACUUCAUAAGGAAAUGUACGAUUAGAGGGUUCAUUUUCAAAUAAGUAUUUAUAUUGUACCCAAAAAUGCCAGGAAUGUUGACCUUAGCUUCUUGCAUUGACACAUUUAACGGUUCUGCUGUGGUGGCAAACUGAUUCAUUUUUUGGGGGAGGAUGCGUCCAUUGUUCAGACAAAGCGUUUUGAAUAUGUCAAUUGGGCACUUGACCAACGAGUGUUUAUUAAAGCCAAUACUCUCUGGGUCAAUCAGUAUAAUGACAAUAACUGUUCCCUGUGCUUAAUAGGGCCGGUUUGUCUGUCAAAACGGACCACACAGGAUUUGUGUUUAGAAUAAAGUAUCCCCGGACCUGGAUCCCCAGCACAAAACAAUAUGAGGUCGAGCUCGUGGGCCCCUAAUUUAGAAUGGACCCGCCUCGUUUUUUUUAAACCGAUGCUUUGCCGAACCAGCCCGCCUCUGUCCUCGCAAUAUUUAUUGAGAACAGUAGCAUUUAGUAUUAGCGUCUUAUCAGUAUUAGCGCCCGCUGCUCUGUUUGCUCCCCCCCGGGGUGGGUGUGCAUUGACGACACUGCUACUGUCUCUUUAAAUUUACCCAGGAGCCCCUUAAGGAGCCCCAGGGGCCCCUAGUCGGCUCCCCACCCUGAAGACAAGCAAGAGCCUUAAAAUACAUUACUGGAGGCCUGCGCCGCGGCGCCGGACGGAGGAACGAGCUUCAAUCGCCGGCGGAAUACACGAUAGUGUGAUUAUAUGAAAGUUAACUUGGCUCCCGUGCGCGGCGGGGCGGGGGGCGCGGUGGGGGGGCAUCGUGGAACACGGGCUCCUCGGUGAUGGGCUCGCGCUAGAGCAUCUGCCAGAUGCGUGUCGAGCGGUGCGAACAUGUCAUGCUGGUGUAACGUGGUGUCGUUGGUGUGACAUGUCCCGCUUUGGCGCUGCGAUACGGUGAAGGAAGAAGGACCACUAUCCACGAGUGAGACAGCGGGCCGGGCCAGUGAUGGAAGAGAAGGACCCGGGGGGAAGCGAGCCCGUGGACCUCCGGUGUGCCGAGCAGACUGAGCUGCUCUCAUUAAUAAUAAGCGGAGAGGAGGAAGCGACGAAAGAGGAGAGUGACUUGGGAGACGAGGACGGUCUGGCCAAUGGCCACGGUGAGGAGGAAUCAGAGGCCGACAUGGUCACACCUGUAACAGGCACCAGCUACUGGAACAUCACAGAGGGACCGGACCAACCUUUCCUCCUCUCCCCGGCCCCCGGGCCCUCUGGACGUAAACCCAGGGUCCAGAGAGCCUCGCGUCCGGGCCUAAGUCGGAUCCCUGGACGAGACCACCGUCGCUACUACCACGAGUACUGGCGCUGCGAGUACCUGAUGGACUUUGACCCCCAGCGCCACGGGAUGAUCUGCAUGGUGUGCGGCAGCUCGCUGGCCACUCUGAAGCUCAGCACCAUCAAGCGGCACAUCCGGCAGAAGCACCCCGACUCCCUGCUGUGGAGCACCGCUGACAAGGAGGUCAUCCGCUCCGGGUGGGAGAGCCACCUGAGCUUGGGGGGAGUUCAGAGGUCUUACGGCUCUGUGGCGGCGCCGUCGCCUCAGGACAAAGAGGACCAGCCGGACUCUGACCAGCAUUCAGCCGCUGAACCCCCGGAACCGGUGACACCCCAGGAGCAGCCACAACAACCUCCAAGUUUACCCCCCUGCUCUGAGGAGGGUGAAGCCGCCCACGUCCAGGCGGAGGAGCAGGACCUGGCUGGGCCGUCGGCCCAGACCCUGGAGCGUUACCUGAACGAUUCGCUGCACGCCUGGUUUCGCCAGGAGUUCCUGAUGGAGUACGAGGCGGAGGCCGGCCGGUUGCUGUGCAUGGUGUGCGGAGGAGAAGUGCCCUCGCUCCACCUGGACCACAUCAAGAGCCACGUGCUGGACACCCACCCAAACUCCUUGGUGUACAGCUCCGUGGAGAAGCACUGCAUCCUGCAGGCCUGGGCUCAGGCUCACGAUCAGUCAGAACACUCAAUCAAAUCAGACCCCGACACCAAAGAAGGCGGGUUGGACCUCUUUGCUCAGGCCAUGCAGACCAACACGGACGUGUACCCAGAAGGCGACGGCACUUUAACUCAGGACGCGUACUUUAUUGCUGAGAACGGAGGCGUGCGAGCGCCGCGGUCCCCCCGGCAGCCCAGGAAGAAGCGGCUGAACGAGGGCGACUCGUGGCGGCUCCGCCUUGACUACCUAGUGGCCCACGGGCCUCAGGGCCGUGGCACAUUCUGCAUGGUGUGUUCCCAGGUCCUGCACGAGAUCAAGGUCAGCAGCUUCCGGCGCCACAUCCAGGAGUGUCACCCCGAGACGACGACCCUGAGCCGGCAGGAAAGGGAAGCCAUGGCUGCUGCCUGGACCAAAGAUUGUUCUAGUGAAGGCAUACAAAUUCAAGACGGCAAAGCUGAGGUCCUAAAUAAGGCGGCAGAGACCAGCCAGGACGCCUCCCCUGAUGUGAGAGGCCACAGCAAAGCUGUAAAGAAGGAGGAGGGUGUGAGCGGCGGGAAGGGCAGAGUGCGGGAGGACGGCGCUGCAGCCGCAUCCUUCCGUCAUGGCCAUUACCCUGGGAAGGACCAGAGAAGGAACUACCAGGUGCGCUGGCGGAUGGAGUACCUGAUGGACUACGACUGCCGCCGGCACGGCCUCAUCUGCAUGGUGUGUGGCGCCACUCUGGCCACGCUGAAGGUCAGCACCAUCAAGAGGCACGUCCAGCAGGUGCACCCCCACUCAUUGGACUACAGCCCGGAGGAGAAACAGCAGGCGAUGCUGAGCUACAACCAGGCCGCCCUGCACUUCAUCCACUCCGACGACUGCUUUUCCUCCCAGGACCACGGACACACCGAGCUGGCUCCCGCUGCGGCACACUUUGGCACUUAGAAAGGGCUCCGUCCAUGGCGCCUCAUGUGGCCCUCCCCGCUCAGAAGCAGCCACUUUCUCUCUUAAAGGAAAAUCUAAGUAAACAGGGUCCUUGACCCCUCUGACUCUGUUCCAAAGUUCCCAGAAUCUCUGCAUUGUAUCUGCAGAGUAAAAUGUUAACAUGACCAGUUUUCAUGAUUGACAAAUAUCAAGAGUUUUGUUAGAAAAUACUGGAAUUUGCUCCUUCAAUCCAAAUCGGAUUGACUAGCAUUAGCAGGCUGUCAGCUAGAACCGGGGGAUUCCUGCAUGUUGACCCAGGGAAACAUCCGCUGAAUAUUUGACCUCGGCAGAAGAGCUUGGCUGAGACUACUUAGGAAAGUGGUGAGCUUGGGAUCAUGGGAACCCAUGGACACGGGUAGCUAGCAUGUUAGCAGUAAACGGCGCCUAGCCCUGCGAGUCGUCACUAUUAACCCAAUCAAUCACUCCACCAGUUCAUUUCUGUUGUUGACCAAAAUUUUAGUUUUCAGACUUUCUGGUCCGACCAGGGCCUUGGAUUUGAAAAAACUCCUACAUGAAUGUCUGAACUUUUAUUAUAUUCUUUCAUAAUUGUAUGCAAUUUGAUGACUCCAAUUUCAUAUUUUGGAAUCCUACUAGGGUUACUAGAAAGGGGUCCAUGUGGGGUCUUACUAGGGUUCUUUGAAGUGGUCCCUGCUGGGGUCCUAGUAGGGUCGCAGAAGUGGACCGUAUGGGCUCCCAGGAGUCCCGGGCUUGUUUCUGGUUGGGCCUGAGUGUCACGCUCUCAGGAGGUUAGAGUCUUUUUUGAGGCGAGUUAGUUUUGCGAAAACAUGUCUGAUGACAACAAAGCACUUUGUGCCCCAAAAAAGUACGAGAGCCUAGUGCUCCUUCUGUACAGCCAAUCGAAUGAGACUGUUUGAUGUAAUGCUGAAGACAAUGAAUGCCAGAGUGCAGUCCCUUUUCUCUCGUCUAUUUAAUUCCUUGUUUACAGUGGGGGGAGAAAGACGUCCUCGUCUGUCCUCCAUCAAAUGAGAUAUGUUAUCUCUCAGUCGGUCUGCACCCUUGCCAUCAUCUACAUCCGGGCUAAAACUGCACAAAAAAGAAUAUGUACAUAUAUGGAAAGAAUAUUUUUCCUUUAUAUAAGCACUUUUAUGCACCCAAGUUUCUACAAAGCGUGUUUGUAAUUAUGUCCAGUUUUUCUACUUCAUCAUUUCAAUGACAUUGUUGUUUAACGCCAUGAGGAAUGCUCAAAGGACUUCUGCUUCAAAGAGUUUGCUACAUCUUGGUUGUUUUCAUUCGCUGUACAAAAUGUGGUCAACAGGAGAUGCUGUGGAAAAGCUUCCAGCUGUCAGAGAAAGCAACGUCUGCCAUGAAAUGUCACGCCUUCACCUGGAAAAUGUAACUCAGGGAUUGUGAUGUCAUCCACAACCAUUUCAUUAGCAGUCCUCCAGUACCACUUGAAGACAGCGAUACAAGUGUCAGCCUAAGGUUGUAUAAGUAUUGAGCCCGCGGCUAAAACAAAAACAAACAAACUGACAUUUCAGUUCCACAAGAAAGUAUAACAAAUAUAUUUGGAGCUUAGGGUCGAAAUUAAGUUGACAUUUUGAGGGAAAAAAGUAAUUUCAAUAAAAGUCAAUGUAAGAAUAAUGACAAUUGUUAUGCCAAAUGUCAUACUACACAAAAAGUCUUAAUAUGAGGGUCUUUUGGAAAAUACAUUUGCAAUAGAAUGGAAAAAAAGCCUGUAUGAAUUUUAGAAUAAUUCUUAAUAUUUCAAGACAAUAAUUUGAAAAUUGUGUACUUAAUAUUUAAUGUUGUAAUUUUCCAAGAUAUGCAUUGAGCCGUCAGGAUAAAAUCCCUAACGGUCCCCCUGUUGUUCUGCAUUGACAGAAUUUACUCAGGUGAAGCUUUUGAUACAAAGUGAUAAUGAAGGAAACGCUCAUGCUCCCUUUUAUUGGUCCUUUAGAGCUGAGAACCCGGCAUUCAGAGAUAGAUAGCACUUAAUUAUUUAAAAUGAUCAGUGAAACGAAUGAUUGAGCAUGUGAUGCAUCUGCUUGUGUGUGUUUCUACUGUGUUUGUGGUGUGGACAGAGAUCCUCUUUUUCUUCACUCUCACCUCGUCUGUUCACUUUUCAUUUGUACUUGGCCGCCGUGUGACACGUGAAUUCUCUCCUCCAUGAUGUUUGAAUAAAUACUCAGCGCAGCCUGUUGGGAAUGCUUACUA